AGCCGACCUCCAUCUCUCAUCUCCCUCGCUCUCUUUGCAGCUGGGCUCCGUGUAAUUUCCCUCCUCUGCAGGAUCCCUGCACCACCAGCCACCAUGGCCGACAUGAAGACAAGCGGCGUCUUUGCGAAAAAUGUCCAGAAGAGACUCAGCAGAGCGCAGGAAAAGGUACUUCAGAAGCUGGGGAAAGCUGAUGAAACAAAAGAUGAACAGUUUGAGGAGUAUGUUCUGAACUUCAAAAGGCAAGAGGCAGAAGGUUCCAGACUCCAGAAAGAGCUCCGGGGAUAUUUAGCUGCAAUUAAAGGCAUGCAAGAGGCUUCAAAGAAACUUACAGAGUCUCUACAUGAAGUAUACGAGCCUGACUGGUAUGGCCGGGAAGAUAUAAAAGUGGUUGGAGAGAAAUGUGAUGUACUUUGGGAAGAUUUCCACCAAAAGCUCGUAGACGGGUCCUUGUUGACCUUAGAUACAUACCUGGGACAGUUUCCUGAUAUAAAGACUCGUAUUGCAAAGCGGAGCAGAAAGCUAGUGGACUAUGACAGUGCAAGACAUCAUUUGGAAGCCUUGCAGAGUUCAAAGAGAAAAGACGAAGGCAGGAUUUCCAAGCUACAAACUCCACAGAACAAAAGGGCAGAGGAAGAGUUUCAGAAAGCACAGAGAGUGUUUGAAGAUUUCAACAUUGAUUUGCAAGAAGAGCUGCCAUCUUUAUGGUCAAGGCGAGUUGGCUUUUAUGUGAACACAUUCAAAAAUAUCUCCAGCCUUGAAGCCAAAUUUCACAAAGAAAUAUCUUUGCUAUGCCACAAACUCUAUGAGGUGAUGUCAAAGUUGGGAGAGCAGCAUGCUGACAAGGCCUUCACCAUUCUCGGAGCACCCAGCGAUUCAGGUCCUCUCCGCAUUGCAAAAACUCCAUCCCCGCCUGACGAGGAGUCCCCUCUGCCUAGCCCUGAAGCAAGUCCCAAUCAUACAUUGGCUGCUCCUUCUUCUCCAGCACCAGCACGGCCUAAAUCUCCUUCACAGCUGAGGAAAGGACCCCCAGUUCCACCGCUACCUAAACUCACACCAACAAAAGAACUGCAGCAGGAGAAUAUCAUCAGCUUAUUUGAUGACAAUUUUGUUCCAGAAAUAAAUGUGACAACUCCUUCACAGAAUGAAGUUCCUGAAACUAAACAAGAGGAGUCUUUGUUAGACCUAGACUUCGAUCCAUUUAAACCCGAUGCAGCAGCUACUGUGGUAACCCAUUCACCAAUGUCUCAGACGCUACCCUGGGAUUUAUGGACGACAAGCAAUGAACUGGUGCAGCCGGCAUCCAGCAGCGCCUUUAAUGGAUUCACACAGGAUACUUCCCUAUUCUCAAUGCAAGCAAGCCAGAAUGUGAUGGACAACUUGGCUGCUGUUGUGGAGGAAGGGAUAAAGGAGGCACCAGAACUUGCUGAGAAAGAGUGCGAGUUACAGAUGGAUUCUGUAAUACAAAGUCCUGCUGGAGCGGAGGGUGUUGCUGCUGCUCCUGGAACUGAGGCUGGUGAAGUUGCUGCUCCUGCUGAAGUAGGAGUUGGGGAAAGUGACAUAGCUGCCACUGAAGGAAAAGCAGGGGAAUCUCAGGAAAACCUCAGCAGCAUCCCUUCAGUAGUAAUAGAACCUGCAUCAAACAACGAAGCAGAUGGAGAAGAUCACGAGGUUCUAGUGAACGAAUCUAAAGAUGAUGCAGAAGAUGUUGGUGCUCAAGGUGCUGAAGGCGCAGCUGGUGAAACUUCGGAGGCUGCAAGUGAGACCAAAACCACCCAGUCCACAUCUUCUGAGGAACAGCCCGUAUCAGCAGAUGACGCCAUGCCACCCGGCUUCCGCUUUAAGGUUGAAACCUUGCAUGAUUUUGAGGCAGCCAAUAGUGAUGAGCUGAACUUGCUCCGGGGAGAUAUUGUAUUAGUAAUUCAAUCUGUGGCAGAAGCUGAUCAGGAAGCAGGAUGGUUAACAGGGAUUAAGGAAUCUGAUUGGCUUCAAUACAAGGAUGUAGCUACUUAUAAAGGACUCUUCCCUGAAAACUUCACCCGUUGUUUGAAGUAGUUCUCAGCUCAGGCAUAAUACACGUGGUAGGAAGCUCGGUCCUUGCAUUUUGAAUUUCUCCAAUACACAGGAGCCCACCUUUAUAGUCAAGCUGUUAUGGUUUACAGACUGGUGCCAGACGAAAACUUGGUGACACAUAUCAAAUGAGCAUGACUGCAAGAAGUUAAAGCUAACAUAUUCUGAAACAGUAUGUGGAAAAAAAUGUCCUUAUUUGUUCACUUUUACGUGGCAACAGGUUUGUUUGUACUUUGUCAGAGCUAUGGUGAUCCUGUAACCUGAUCCUUUCCCAUGCAAA